UUAACAGCGCCAUUUAGACAUUCACUUCACUUCUUCUGUGUUCGUUUUUGCUGCGACAGAAAUUAACUUAUUUUCUGCUGAAAAAAAACCUUUAAAUUUCGAUAAAAUGAGUUCCACAAGAAAUUUUAUUGACACAGAUUCGUCGGUGCUUGACAGUAAAUUACGUUUCGUUAAGAACGAGUUCGAGGAGGAAUUCAACAGCAUUUUGCAGAAUCCAUCAAAAGAACCGGAUCUAUCCCAUUUGCCGUACAAAAUCAUUCAACCCGAUCCAGGAUUCUGCAUCAAAACUUACAAAUUGAUCGACGAUGAAAAGCUCUUUAUCAACAUCUGCCAGUCGGACGGCAUACCACCGCCGGAAAACAUUACCACCGAACAGCUAACGACAAUUCUAAGCACCGACAGUAACACCUACAAAGUUCCAAUGAGCAUCACCGAAAUUCGUCAAACCAAAGACAAAUCGAACAAUUUGGCCCGUGUCUGUGACAUUGCCAUCAAUCCGCGUUUUUACGAGAAAAUCGAACGAAUCGAAUUGUUCCGUGAAUUUUUCUACACCAUCAUCGUCGAAGCAAUGGAAACGAAGUACAACAUCAAGGUGGACCAAUCGAAAUGGGUUGUGUUGAAGAAUCGGAAAUUUGUUGGCAGUCUGAUAUCUCAUAGGGUGCAGAAUCGCGAUGUCAAAACCGUGUUGGAAUCGUACAAAAAGCCCACAUCUGCGGACAAGAAGUUAUUGGAAGAGCUGAGCGGUAAGCCGAAAAGUAAUCUGAUCGUGGAAUUGGGAACCACCUACAACAAUGCCACGAAUCACACUACACCACAGCAUCGGCUGGCAUUGCUGCUGAGCAAUCAUUUGGUUGCCGAAUUUCUAUUACCUGGUGUUGUCAGCGACAAAGACAUCGUUCUAGACGUUGGAGAAGAUUGUAUCGUAUUGUCCUGUCCCAAACGUGCUUAUUCAAUCAAUCAAUUCUUUGACUAUAAAAUCGAUCAGAACAAAUCGUCGGCCAAAUUUGAUGACGCUUCAUCGAUUUUGACCGUCACAAUGCCGAUCUGUACUUAACUUCGUGUUUGAUGGAAGAGAAAUCCAAAAAAAAAAUUGUGAUAAAAAAUGAUGAAUAAAACGAGCCUGCAAUUUCA